AGUUGUCCUCCGUGUGGUAUUUAAAAAAGCCUGCCUCCGUCUCCUUGCGCGUCCAAGACCAGAUAUACAAGGUUUCGGUCGGCCGUCCCUCCCCCUUUUUUCCACUUAGUGCACGGUGAUAUCUCGAAUUCGUUUUCGGGGAUCAUUCUAGGGCUUUUAUAUCUUGUGGGGGAAUUAGAACCCUAGAUCGCUAGGGCUUCCAAGGCCGGAUCCGUCCCUUCCAAUCGGCGAUUCCAAAAACCCUAAUCUCAAUGGCGUCCCGAAGGAGAACGCUUCUCAAAGUCAUCAUUCUUGGCGAUAGCGGGGUUGGGAAGACGUCUGUGAUGAAUCAAUAUGUGAACAAAAAGUUCAGUAACCAGUAUAAAGCUACAAUUGGAGCUGAUUUCUUGACAAAAGAAGUCCAGUUUGAGGACAGGCUGUUCACUUUACAGAUAUGGGACACAGCAGGGCAGGAAAGGUUUCAAAGUCUUGGUGUGGCAUUCUAUCGUGGUGCAGAUUGCUGUGUUCUUGUGUAUGAUGUCAAUGUCAUGAAAUCAUUUGAUAACCUGAACAAUUGGCGAGAAGAAUUUCUAAUUCAGGCUAGCCCAUCCGACCCUGAAAACUUCCCAUUUGUAGUGUUGGGAAAUAAGAUAGACGUGGAUGGUGGCAACAGCCGAGUGGUCUCAGAGAAGAAGGCAAGAGCAUGGUGUGCUUCAAAGGGGAACAUCCCCUACUUUGAGACAUCUGCUAAAGAAGGAUUCAAUGUGGAAGCUGCUUUUCAGUGUAUAGCCAAGAAUGCCCUCAAGAAUGAACCGGAAGAAGAAAUAUACCUUCCGGAUACUAUUGAUGUGGCUGGCGGUAAUCGGCAACAAAGAUCAUCAGGUUGCGAAUGCUAGAUGAAGACAGGCAGCUAAUCGGCAACAAAGAUCAGCAGGUUGCGAAUGCUAGACGAAGACAGGCAGCUUUAGUGUCCUCCCGUAUUUGUUAUACAGUUGCAAUAAUUUCUGCAAAGGUUAUUUACUGCAUUCUGUAUUUUAUAUCUUGUUCCAGGGUCAAAAAAUUCGGUGCUAAGUGUUCAGUGGAGGUUGUCCUAUUCACUCUAUGUUGCAUUCUGUCUGUGAAAGAUUUUCUUGUCUUUGGGUAAUGACUCGAAACAUUGUGCUCCAUCUUGUUUUCGCUAUAUAGUUGGUGUGGAUAUUUUGGGAAUUA